CGCCCCCAGCCCGCAGCCCGCAGCCCGCAGCCCGCAGCCCCGCGGCCCGGCCGCGCCCAGCCCCGCGAACACAGCUCCAGGAGGCGGCCGAGCGAGGCCACAAAGACCCCGGCGGCGACUCUCCGCGGACCGGUGCCACCUGCAGUCCAUCAUGUCCUUCGGCAGAGACAUGGAGCUGGAGCACUUUGACGAGCGCGACAAGGCGCAGAGAUACAGCAGGGGGUCGCGGGUGAACGGCCUGCCCAGCCCCACGCACAGCGCCCACUGCAGCUUCUACCGCACGCGCACACUGCAGACGCUCAGCUCGGAGAAGAAGGCCAAGAAGGUCCGCUUCUAUCGGAACGGAGAUCGAUAUUUCAAAGGGAUUGUGUAUGCCAUCUCCCCUGACCGCUUCCGAUCUUUUGAGGCUCUGCUGGCUGAUUUGACCCGAACUCUGUCGGAUAAUGUGAAUUUGCCCCAGGGAGUGCGAACAAUCUACACGAUUGAUGGGCUUAAGAAGAUUUCCAGCUUGGAUCAACUGGUGGAAGGUGAGAGCUAUGUGUGUGGCUCAAUCGAGCCCUUCAAGAAACUGGAGUACACCAAGAACGUAAAUCCCAACUGGUCAGUGAAUGUCAAGACCACCUCGGCUUCCCGGGCUGUGUCUUCCCUGGCCACUGCCAAAGGGAGCACUUCCGAGAUGCGGGAGAAUAAGGAUUUCAUUCGGCCUAAGCUGGUCACCAUCAUCAGAAGUGGAGUGAAGCCACGGAAAGCUGUCAGGAUUCUGCUGAACAAGAAAACGGCUCAUUCCUUUGAGCAGGUCCUCACUGAUAUAACUGAUGCCAUCAAGCUGGACUCCGGCGUGGUGAAACGCCUGUACACUUUAGAUGGGAAACAGGUGAUGUGCCUUCAGGACUUUUUUGGUGACGAUGACAUUUUUAUUGCAUGUGGACCGGAGAAGUUCCGUUACCAGGAUGAUUUCUUGCUAGAUGAAAGUGAAUGUCGCGUGGUGAAGUCCACUUCUUACACCAAAAUAGCUUCAUCAUCCCGCAGGAGCACCACCAAGAGCCCAGGACCUUCCCGGCGCAGCAAAUCCCCGGCCUCCACCAGCUCAGUUAAUGGAACCCCUGGUAGCCAGCUCUCCACUCCUCGCUCGGGCAAGUCGCCAAGCCCUUCACCCACCAGCCCAGGAAGCCUGCGGAAGCAGAGGAGCUCUCAGCAUGGUGGCUCUUCUACUUCACUGGCAUCCACCAAAGUCUGCAGCUCGAUGGAUGAGAAUGAUGGACCCGGGGAAGGUGAUGAGCUGGGACUUGAAGUGUCAGAGGAAGGCUUCCAGAUUCCAGCCACGAUAACAGAACGUUACAAAGUCGGAAGGACAAUAGGGGACGGAAACUUUGCUGUUGUCAAGGAAUGUGUGGAAAGGUCAACUGCUAGGGAGUAUGCUCUGAAAAUCAUCAAGAAAAGCAAAUGUCGAGGCAAAGAGCACAUGAUCCAGAACGAAGUGUCUAUUUUAAGAAGAGUGAAGCAUCCCAACAUAGUUCUUCUGAUUGAGGAGAUGGAUGUGCCAACUGAGCUGUAUCUUGUCAUGGAAUUAGUAAAGGGCGGAGACCUUUUUGAUGCCAUUACUUCCACUAACAAAUACACCGAACGGGAUGCCAGUGGGAUGCUGUACAACCUGGCUAGUGCCAUCAAGUACCUGCACAGCCUCAACAUCGUCCACCGGGACAUCAAGCCCGAGAACCUGCUGGUAUAUGAGCACCAAGAUGGUAGCAAAUCCCUGAAGCUGGGCGACUUUGGACUGGCCACCAUUGUGGAUGGGCCACUGUACACAGUCUGUGGCACCCCAACAUAUGUGGCUCCAGAGAUCAUUGCAGAGACUGGAUACGGCCUCAAGGUGGACAUCUGGGCUGCUGGUGUAAUCACUUACAUCCUGCUGUGUGGUUUCCCUCCGUUUCGUGGAAGUGGUGAUGACCAGGAGGUGCUCUUUGAUCAGAUCUUGAUGGGGCAAGUGGACUUUCCCUCUCCAUACUGGGACAAUGUUUCUGAUUCUGCAAAGGAGCUCAUUACCAUGAUGCUGUUGGUCAAUGUGGAUCAGCGAUUUUCAGCUGUGCAGGUGCUUGAGCAUCCCUGGGUUAAUGAUGAUGGCCUCCCAGAAAAUGAACAUCAGCUGUCAGUAGCUGGAAAGAUAAAGAAGCAUUUCAACACCGGCCCCAAGCCGAACAGCACCGCUGCAGGAGUCUCUGUCAUAGCACUGGACCACGGGUUUACCAUCAAGAGAUCAGGGUCUUUGGACUACUACCAACAACCAGGAAUGUAUUGGAUAAGACCACCGCUCUUGAUAAGGAGAGGCAGGUUUUCCGACGAAGAUGCAACCAGGAUGUGAGGAGCCGGUACAAGGCACAGCCAGCUCCACCAGAACUCAACUCGGAAUCCGAAGACUACUCCCCAAGCUCCUCCGAGACUGUUCGCUCCCCCAACUCACCCUUUUAAUGAGACCCUUUUACUCAAAGUCCUAGCUUAACCCUUUGAGACACUAGAUUUUUUUCCCCAAAUUUCUGUAAAACAGUUUCAUCUGAUCUAUCUAGCAUUUGAUGCUCUUGAAUGGCGGAACAUAGAGCGUGUUUGGGGGUACUUUUGUAGCAAUUUCCUUUUAUUGAGUGAGACGGCACAUGGGGGUUGUGAAGGCGGUAAUUUGCCACUAGUAAGGUCCUCAAAGGGUUAAGACUAAUUUCCAAUUUUUUUAAAACAUAGAAGCAAUGAAUGUUUUCAUCAGUCAAGCUAGGAUCUGCAGUAUGUAAUAUAGCACAUGUUAACCCUCUGAGUGCAGAGAAUUUAAUUGGGAAUCUUUGCUGAGAAUUUUUCAGGUCUUUGGGUGUAAACGCACAUGUUUUGUGAUUUUGCUGCAUAAAGGAGUGCUAUUAAGAUGCUGAAAUGUCCAGACAAGAAAGGCAUCUAGAAUGGUAACCUGAUUGUUCUUUUCUGUGGGGUUAGAACAUGGCAGGUUUAUAACUUUAGCACACGCACCCCUCUCUCCUUCGCAAUCCUAUUUAAAAGGGAAUCUUUUUUCUUUAGCAUAAUCAUCUGCUGCAGUGAGUUGUGCAUCCAGAAUGGGCUGUGACAAACAGCCUGACCCAGAGAACUGACAACAUGCCCUCCCCCGAAAUUGUCUCCCCAGGAUGAUGUCCUGAUGUUGCCCCAGAAAUGCUGCGUUCACAUCAGCUGCUGUUAGUGCCGAUGCAGACCCUCAGGGAAUCACCAAAGCUUAUCUUGUGCUUGGUGAGUGAAGGUCUGUGUGCUCAAUAUGAGACCUCUACAGGAAAGAUUCAACCAGUGGAAAAGAGCAAUAAAUUGCCAGGUGCUCUAUGGGGCUGGAAUUUCAAAAGAAAGAGGAGAUAAGAUCCUCUGCUUUUUUUUUCUUACCUGCUUUUUCAUGAUACUGUGGUCAUCAUAUGUUGUGAAAUCUGUAUUUUAAAGAGCUGGGAGGGAAGUGAGUAUUUUGCAAAGUGGCUGAAGAGAAUGUACAGUGGAACACUGUGUUUCAGAAUGGUUGUAAAGGAAAUAAAAUAAAUUACUUUUUUUUAGUGGAAUUGGGAAUUGAACACAAUACCUUUGGAGUGAGGUGCAUUCUAAGUCCUUUUCUACUUUAAUUAUUUUAUUUUGAGACAGGGUCUGGCUAAGUCACUAAAUUGCCUGGACUGGCCACAAGAUUUUGAGAUCCUUCUGCCUCAGUCUUCUAGAGUGCUGGGGUUAUAAGCCUGCACCACUGCACUCGGCUACGUGUGUAUCUUUAGUUAACCUAUUUAGUCUCCCAGGAAAAGUGUGCUGUAACAUCCAGAAGAGCUCUUGAGGGUAAACUUCCAUCCCUGAGAUGAUUUUUUUAUGUCAUUCUGUAGCUGUCCCGGGAGACUGUGUUUUGUCUUUUGACCCAGUUCUUUAUAUUCCCUUCCACUAACGAUCUCUCUCCAGCGAGGGUCUCCAGGCAUGAGUGAGUUCUGAAACACAGGCUGCUUCCGUGCUGCGUCCUGUUCACUAUGGCAACACUCAGAGGGAAGAGUAGAGAGGCAUCAAGGCAGGACCCAGCUAACGUGCCCCCUAAAGUUUGCUCAGCUUUGUGACCCAGAAGACAACAGUCAGUAUUACCUCAAAAAUUUUUACCUGAAUCAUUAAUGAGACUUAAAGCCUCAGUUUUGAAUAUACUUUAAUAUCUGAGAGUCUUGAAAUUUUUGACUGACUUUUCUAUAGAUUCUGAAUUUUCAAACACUGAUUGUAAAAACCGCUGUUUUUCACUUUCAGCCCUUAAGCUACAUUCAUAGAGAUUUUAAAAUCACAACGUCAUCACCUGUGCAUCACGGACUCCCAGAUAUUCUUCUCUUCCACUUUAAAUUCAGAAACGAAAACAUAUGAAAUCACAAAGCAGCACAAAUCAGUAAAUCAGUUGAAAUUGGUUUGGGGGGAAACAGGGAAUGGGACACAAAACAACAGAAAUGGUGUUAGUGUGCAGAUAGAUUGCAUAUCAGUAAAGGGCACUGACCUGGUCAGAAAUCACUGCUUUCUCUGGAACUAUAAGCAAUUCACUGUCCUACAGUUAAAGAGUAGCUGUAUACUUGAAGUGUGUGAAUGUACAGAAUCCUAUGGUAGAAACCUACUUGAAGUAGAUUGUCAUUUUCCCCUUUUACUCUGGGUGACCGCCUUUCCUGUGGACAUUAUAUGUGUUGCUACAGCGUCCAGUGUCCAGGACUACGUGCAUGGCCUAGACCUUUUCCCACUGAAACCUGGGGCAGUGCGCGAGGGUUUUUCAGUACACAUAGAGAGCAGCUCGUAGGAACGCAGGGCCCUGUCAGCAUGAGAAUCUCGGUGCACUCCUGUACAAUCUGAGGGAUCUAUGCUGAAUAAACAGUGGAAUGUGACCUGUCAAGUAGAAAUAUUGAGUAAUCAGAUGGAAUGCAAUCUCUCUAGCACUAAGCUACCGUGAUCUCGAAUGUCAGAGGUGUACUCAGAGGGUUAACAGACAAGCACAAGGCAUGCUGAUGUUGGUGUAUCCAGAUUGCUUUGCUCUUAGCCAGUGCUUUCUAAUUGUCUUCUCAACAUUCUUGGGAUAGUUCAAGUUAUAAAUAAGUGGUGGUGUUCUUUAAGGAAUUUCUAAAACCAAAUUGAUCUUAUUUUUUAUUUUAUUUAUCAUAGAACAAAUAUGUACAAUUAUGGCAGUGUAUCUCUGUAAUUAUCAAUUAAAUCAUCACCACAAGCAUUUCCUUAUUUUUUCCACGUAUUUAAUAUAGCUCUAAUGGUGGUGGGCUGGUAAUGAGGACUGUCUUUCUUUUACUGACACAUGGCCAGCCAUAUGGUACUUUCAAGGGGAUUUUAGGAAUCGUUUUUAAGUUUGAUAAUAGGCUAGUUAAGGAAGAACUCCUUCAUUACUUGCAUCGUGUAAAUCAUCUCUGUAGAUGAGAACCGUUCAUAUUAAUGAACACGUUGUUUUCCUCAACAUUGUAGCAGAAAUCAUUUGAUUUGCCAUGAUCAAUGAAUAUGGGAUUUGCUCCAGAUCAUUAGAAGGAGAAAUAAGAUUUCAGUCACGGAGAAUGUUUUUACUGUAGCCCUCAUCUAACUCACACGUGGUGCAUAUUAAAAGAAGCAGAGAAAAAGAAAUGUGAAAUAAACUACUGAAAACACGUUGCGUUUUGUAUUCAAUGAGACCUUCCUGAAGCUACUCAAUACCCCAAGGAGGGGGCAGUUAACAGGCCCGUGAGAUAUUGUUGAAAGAAAGCAAUAUAUCCAUGAAUGAAAACUAAAAUCGCAAUCCUUUACCCUUUGAGGUAUAUUUCAGUUAGAAAAGAAAAAAAGAAAAAUUGACUUAGAGGGUCGCAGAGCUACCGUCUGACCAGGGCUCAAGCACAUUAAAUCACGGUUGUUUGCUGGCCGGCGGCAUCCAUUAGACAACUCUAUCCCCUGUGCUGAAGCCUGGCGGAGCUGAGGGAGAGCUUUCUUAAUAUUAUUGUGCUGCCCCCAGCCCUUCUCUGGGUAAGGAUCUGUCAGCAUUUCCAUGAUAAACUCCUGUUCUCAAAGGUUUUCAUUUAACCAUAAAAACCUGCCCCAGGCUGUGAAGUUUGCUAUCCAGGACCUGUACCAGGGUGAAGGUUCACUUCCCUCUCUUCUCAGGUUCUUCCCAAUUUUCCUAAGAAAAAGAACAAUAACAACGACAACAGAGAUCUAGCAUAUUUCCUUAAUUAUGAUUUCAUAAUUUUAGAAAGUAUAAAGAUCCAAGAAAUUAGUUUAAAUGUAGUUAUUCAUUUGGACGUGUCUCUUCUUCUUCUUCUUCUUCUUCUUCUUCUUCUUCUUCUUCUUCUUCUUCUUCUUCUUCUUCUUCUUUCUUCUUCUUCUUCCUUCUUCCUCCUCCUCCUCCUCCUCCUCCUCCCCCUCCCCCUCCUCCUCCUCCUCUUCUUCUUCUUCAAGGAAUCACCUGACAUAUACUUAGAUAACAUCUUUUUUUAUAAUUUGUGAGUCAUUCAAGUUAUAUUGUUACAUUGUUUUUUGUUCAGAAAUUUUUUUUAAAAAACUCAAAGUUGACAGUUCAAAGGUCAGUCUUUUCCAUGUAUCUUUCCAUUAGGAUUUUAACAAAAUAUUCUCAAAUGAACCCUUCCUUUACAUGCAGUGCAGAGGGUCAGAUAUGUGCUUCUUUGGAAAUAGGAUUUCCUUAUUUAAUCAUCAAAUUUCAUGAAGCCAUUCUAGACUGUGGGGGAAAAUAAUGAUUAAAAGCAUUUCCAAAAUUAACAUUUUUCUUAAUUCAUAUCCCAAAAUAGCGUAGAACAGCUCCCACACUUUUUUAUUUAAAGGCAAAUAAAUCAGUGGAACUUAAGGACAUGCUAAACAUUUGAUUGUUGAAAAGUGCUUUAAAAAUUGGCUCAAUGGUGCUUAUAUAUGGAACAGUUACAAAUGGGCUUCCUGAGACUGUCAGAAGGAAUCUUCAGUUUGUAUGUAAUUACAUUCUAAAGAAGGAGGACCUUUCAGGCUAGUCUUUUAUUUUUAAUCAUCUCAGAUAUGCAAGCAUCCAUCCAGUAACAUUAAGGGUCAUAACCUGGUGGGAAACAAGAUUCAUCGUAGAGGUUUUGAGUGCCUCUGGUUGGGGCGUUUUUGUUUAUUUGUUGUCAUUUUUGGCUUAACACUGGGGCUGCACUGAUAAUUUUCCAGUGAAUGAGCAUUUAGCUGGCAAGCGUUCUGAUCAUGAGAUUUGCAAUAUCUUGCCAUGGAGACAAAUGAAGGAUCUAAUUUCAUUUUUUUCCCUAAAGGAAAAGUAAUCUCUGAAAUUAAACCAUACCUGUAAAUUUCUUCAAUUUUCUUUUUUGAUAACUAAGCUGAGACCCUUAAUGUUGCUUUAAUGUAAAAGUGUAUAUUUUUGUCUGUGAUAUACUUUAUUAAUUUAAAGUAAUAGUUUUAAAACUGUCACUGUUGAUAUUAAAAGAAAGUAGCAUUAAUUUUAAAGCGAUGUUAAAGAUUCUAAUGAUAUCAAUUCAUUCCAGUUCAGUCAAAUGUGGUAAGAAAUAUAGCUUGAACAGUACCCUAGGGACAAUUCAAUUUCUCACUUACCAUUGACAUUAAUCUUUAGUGUAUUCUCAGAACAAAUAAAAAGAAAUUGAAACUGGUCCAAGGUUAAAGUCAUAUCCCAAUAACUUUUUUAAAAAAUUUAUUAGGAAAUUAGUAAUAGCCUUUUUUCAUUCUGGUUGAAAGAAAAUUAUUAAAGGAUUAGUUGAGUGUGAAAUUAAAUAGUAUUUUGGUCAUGCAUACUAAAAAGGUGGGCUGGGAACUUGAUGCAUUUAAACAAGUUUCCAAGAGGUUUCGAUUUAGUAGGAGAAAAACUCAAUGUUUCCUUUGAAAUUGCUGAAUUUAUUACUUGCUGCAUGGGUCAGAUGGCGUAGGUUAAUCUUUGAUUUUUGGAAUCCUAAUUAAAUAACUUUCAAACAAUUUGUAUCCAUGAUUAAAGGUGGAAUGAGAUUCAAUUUUUUUCUGAAUCCUUCAGUUUAAGCUAAUAAAUGUAGGUUACUGUGGAAUGAAAUCAUCUGUGAUAUAUUAUGUUCAUUUAUCAACCAAGCUUUUCUGAUGUUGCCUGUUUUUAUGUAAAACAUGUUCUUAAACUUAAUAAAAUAAUAGUUCUUGGUGUAUGAACUACUACGUAA